AAUUCGUUUUGUUAGGAGUUCCCCGAAAUGAAGUUGAGCUUUGCCAUAUCCUUUGCCUUGCUACCCAUCUUAGGGGUUCAAAAUGCCGCGGCCAUUCCGGCUGUGGAUUCCGUUUCAUUGAAAGUCCGUUCCACCCCAGGGGACAGUCGAGGAAACCCGAUCAGGGGUGAGAUCGAGAUCCGGGGAGAGGAUGCUCUGACAUACGAUGUGGACUGUUGGGCUAUGCUAUGCAAAGGAAUGCCUACUACAAUGCAAAAGAUUGGGAAAAAGCCGGCGAAUGUUAACCGGCAGGUCAUGAAGGGAAGCGCUGCUAACAAGCAGCCUUUCAAAGACCCUGGAAAGUAUGGAAUGAAACCAUCACCCCCGACUAACCUGUGGGGAGGCCAUAAAGGAUGGGUUUCAGCCGAGGAAUUCCCAUUUGCGUCCACUCGCGAUGGAGGGAAAAGUGCCAUACUGGUGGGGGUCACUGUAAACUCCCAGCAGGAGCAGAAAUGGUCCUUGCGGCAAUUCUAUCAAAAGAACAAGAUCCAGUCAUACAACAGGCAGACAAAAAAACAAGAUGGGACCUGGUUUCAAAUCACCGGUUUCAGGGCUAGACCUGGGACAACAGCAAAGGUUGGUCCCUACUGCCGGGCUUUCAAUACCAAGAAGCCAGGCAAUGUGUGCAGUGCCGGAACCAAGGUGAUUGGGGAUUGGGGGUUUGAUGUGGCGGAAUACGCCUAUGUGUACAACCACAGCACAAAGAAGUUUGACUAUGUUGGGAAAUAGAUGUUCAAAGUUUAGAGCCACUCAUACCAGUCCUUCCUUGUUUUGGUUGAAGCCCUUCUAUGUCCCCCAUCGCCUUUAUAUAGAUGCAUCUUGGACCGCCUCUUGGCCCGGAACACAUGAAUAUAUGGUCGCUGCUUCUGGUAUAAGGUUCUUAGGGUAUUAGGGUUUAUUAGGGUUUAUUAGGGUUUAUUAGG